UCAGUUCGUUUUAUGUGCUUAUUCAGUAUCAGAUUGUUGAUAAACACGCUGUCACUGAUUAACUGUAUGGAUGAUUGUUGCAAAUAUGGCCGAUGGUAAUGCUACUGGAAAACAUUUUGUUUCAUGUUUGCCCUGCUCAAAACAAGGCAGAACUAGUAAAGCGGAAAAAUACUGCAUACAAUGUUGGGAAUAUUUGUGCUCUAACUGCGUGACAUUACAUAACAGUUUCUCGGCUCUUUGUGGACAUACCCUUGUUGGGAAUUCCGGUGGUAAUGAGAAGGCCAGUUUGCCUUCGGUGCCGACGGAAACCUGUAAGAGCCAUGCAGCGAAAUUGAUUGAUUACUACUGUGAGAGACAUGAUGUGGUCGGAUGUUCUGUUUGCAUCAACAAAAAUCACGGAUCAUGUUAUCCUCAUUACAUACCAGACCAUGUAAGGAACAACCCAUCAGCGACAGAAGCGUCAUCUAUAAAUAACAGCUUAUCGAAGGCUUUGCAGAAUUUGAAAGUGUUGAAGGAACGUCAACAGCACACUAGAGAUGAAUUAAAAGAAGCUAAGGAGAAAUGUACAAGAGGUAUACGGCACAACAAAGAAGAACUUCUACAAAUUAUCGAUCGACUGGAAAACGCUUGCAUUAAGGAGCUAAAUGAGAAAUUUGUAGACAUUGACGCAAAGGUUCAAAAACAGAUGAAUGAAAUCGAAGAUUCGCUUGCAGAGCUGACACAAAGAAAGACAGAGAUAGAAUCUUUGCAGAGGAAUUCGUCACAGAUAUUUGUGAGUGUAAAGCUUUGUGCAAAGAGCAUAGGUGAAACGGAAAAACGUAUUGCCGAAUAUAUGAAAGCCCCAAAAGAGGUUUUGUCAUUUGAUCAAAGUUCGGAGAUAUUCGAUUUCCUGGCGAAUAAGUCAGGUUUAGGAAGUGUUCAAACCUUACAGAGAGAGAGGAUGCAUAUUUUUGGCUCCUUUUUUAAAACAAAGCUUUAAUUAUCUUGGCACCAUUUAAAUUACAACGUGCUAUCAAUUGAUAUGCAAAAUCACCAGUUAUAUUAAGCAAUUUAGCCAACAUACUUCUUUUGCCUAAGAUAAGUCUAUUUUGUGUAUUUACCUGUAGAAAGUCAACGUUAACGACUGUGUCGCCAUUAUAACGUUUGAGUUAUUGCUUGCGCAAUAGGUGGCAGUUUUUCCGCACCAACAUUUGAUUUCAUUAAAAUUUUGCAUAGUUCAGCAAUUUUAAAAUGCUUGUCUUAUUGUGUAAAUAGCACUAUGUUAAGCAGUCACAUAAAAAUUCUGUCAUUUAUUAUUUAUCAUUAAAUGACCUUAAUCACAUAUGUGUUAUUACUUUCUUAGAAAUCAAACGUAGAAAAACUUCCAAUGAGCCAAGUGUCAGACUCAAAACUUUAUGACGGCACGACAAAAUUGUAAGAGUUAUCCGGAAUUGGGACGGCUAACAUAGCUGUUGUAACGCAGUGUUUUUAUCAUGAUUCACUAAUUUAUGUUAAUAAACUGAUCCGCCAUUGUUAUUAAAAUAAAAAUUUCAAGAAAAACAUA